UGACCUCAUCUAUCAGCCAGAAUACCACUGAGUCACCAAUGCUUAUAUAGAUCAAUUUUGUCCCCCUUCCUUCAUCUGUGUUUCGAAUUAAAUAUAGAUCCUUCCGAACCCCCAGCUGGUCAGUUGCCAGGUAGAACCCCAACGAGCAAGAGGAUAGCCACAGUGUCUUUUAACGCGACGACUACCUACAUUCGCUUCAUUUUAUCUAUUUUGCUGCUGCUUCUUUCGUUUCGCCAACGUUCCACUGUUUGGCUCCUUUCUUAAUACCGACAAGAUUAUCUUUCUAUUUGCUUUUUUCGGUUUUUCUCUCUCUUUUUCUUCUUUUUGAGCAUGGAGCAGGCUCCAACCUCGUUUUCUUCGCCCUGUCCCGUCGUGCGAUCGCCGCCGGAUAACCACAUCAUGUUGGAAGCUACUCCUGCGUAUUCAUCCCCCAUGUGUUCUACCUCGAGCUAUCCGAGCAACUCGCAGUCAACCACUGGCUUAGGGAUCUCCCAUUGCGACAUGAAGGGUCCUUCCAGCCAGUUACGGCUGCUUCCACCCGAGGCCUACCCAUCGCCGGUGACAGAGUGGUCGAAUCAGCUGGUGCCUCCCGAAUCCCUUCUCGAAACGACGCUGGACGUUAGCCAUUUUUCUCCUGGACCAUGCUAUGAGCCAUUUGGUGGCCACUCUGAUGUUUCUGUCUCACCCCUUAGCUACUACAGCCCACAAACCCUGCACGCACCCUCCAGCUACGGUUCUGCGUUUGACUUUGGAGGGGGCCCUGGCACCCUGAGUGCUCCAUCCUCUCGCUUUUGGCCGAAUACCCCUCAUUCCGAUGCUACUAGUUCCGAGAUUCAAGCCCUGGUGAAGGAAGAAUCUGACGAAUGUUGGGACCACCACCUUUUGACAAAAGCCAGUAGUCCUGCGGGGCUUGCUACGCUGCCACAAAUGUCCCAGGCGGUGGGCGACGAUAUUUUUCCCAAUCCUCAACGCCCCGAUAAUGAUAAUGGUACUUUGGUCGAGUUGAACCCAAAUGUGGGAUGUUAUGGGGAUAACAGCCGUAAAGCCACGGCGCAAAAUAUGCCUAUCGAGAUGGUUUUUAAAUUGACUAAGAGCGAUAGCGAAUUACCUGAUGAGCAGUGCAAGAUUUUAUCUGCAAGCGGCCUUCAGUGCACCAUCUGCGGUUCCCGGUUUACCCGACGUUCGAACUGUCGUGAACAUAUGAAGAGGCACGACCCAAACCUCAGGAAGUCAUACCACUGCGAGUUCUGUGAUCGGCCGUUUGGAAGGAGAACUGACCUUCGACGACAUGUAGAUAGUAUUCAUCAUGGAAUACGAAAAUUCGGCUGUGAGCACUGCGGCCAGCGGUUUAGUCGACAUGACACACUCUCGAGGCACAAGACAGACGGCUGCCACCGAAAACCUCGAAAUUUGGAUUUCUCCAGAGAGAUGGAAGCGAUUCAAACAUCUCAGUACCUCCCUGAUCCCCCGCUCAAAGAUUCUCCCGACAGAAACAAACGACGACAAUCCUUACAGAAGCAUUAGCUGUAUGCCUGGCACAGUGACCGAGAACAACAAGUUACAUAUUGAGCCAUUACUGCGUUGAUCGCAGAAUUGGCAGUUACGGUUCGACGCAUGACUUCCCACUUCAGCAAUGGAUAAUUAUGUAUAUUUGUCUCAAACAUAACGCACUCAAAGAUGUGGUGGCUAUCUGCUUUGACUUUAUGAUAUGAUUUUGCGAGUCGACAUUUUUGGGGAUCUAUUCGGACCUUAGAACCGUACAAUGGGCUUCCUGUUCCCUUUUGUUUUUAUUUCAACUUUUUCCCGAUCAAACACAGCAUUUGGGGGUUUAUAGAAACUAGCAUUACCGCAUGGCUGGUCCAUGCUCAGCAUGAGAAUUUGAAGGAUUUUGACUUCUUGAAAAAUUUAUUAAUUCAUUGUUUUCCUUCUCACUCCCUUU